AUGAUCUGGCUAUCAGAAAGACAAAAAUUUGGUGUUGGUUUCACCGCAGGAGGAAUCUUCUUUUUCAUAUUUGGAAUAUUGACCUUUUUCGACUCCGGUUUCCUUGCCUUGGGUAACUUACUUUUCAUCAUUGGACUUAUCCUUAUAAUUGGUCCUCAGCGUACGGUUUCCUUCUUCACACGUCCAACAAAGAUUAGAGGCACUGUAUGUUUUGCGUUGGGAAUAAUAUUAAUCUUGAUGAAAUGGUCAUUUAUUGGGUUUAUAUUGGAAAGUUUUGGAAUAUUGGGCUUAUUUGGUGAUUUCUUUGGUACAAUUGUCCAAUUUUUGAGGUCUAUACCUUAUAUAGGGGACGUUUUGAGCCAUCCUUUUGUUGCACCUACAAUUGAUAGACUAGCUGGUAUUAACAAUACCUUGCCAGUAUAA